GGAUAUUGAAUUCUGGGAAAUUUGUUGGUUCCUAGUUUUUUUGCAGCGAAUACUAUUUCUCGAAAAGCAAGCAAGUAUACAGGUCCUUGCAUCAGAAAGCAACAUGACGGCUGAAACAGAUCAGAUUCAGAAAAACCUCCAGCCUCAUUUAUCUAAACAAGAUCUUUCAACUCUGCGGGUUGAAGAUCUUACUCCACUCACACCAGAUGUAAUCAGUAGACAGGCAACAAUAAAUAUUGGUACCAUUGGGCAUGUAGCCCAUGGAAAGUCCACUUUAGUCAAAGCAAUAUCUGGUGUUCAGACUGUCCGAUUCAAGAAUGAGAAAGUAAGGAACAUUACAAUCAAACUGGGAUACGCAAAUGCAAAGAUUUAUAAGUGUGACAAUGAUAACUGUCCUCGACCGGGCUGUUACAGAUCAUGUUCAAGCUCCAAAGAAGACUCAUUUCCAUGCGACAGACAAGGUUGCUCAGGCAGAUUUAAACUAUUGAGACAUGUGUCAUUUGUUGACUGCCCUGGCCAUGACAUUCUUAUGGCUACCAUGUUAAACGGAGCCGCUGUUAUGGAUGCAGCAUUGUUGUUGAUAGCUGGCAAUGAAUCAUGUCCACAACCCCAGACCUCGGAACAUCUUGCUGCCGUUGAGAUUAUGAAGUUGAAACACAUCCUUAUUUUGCAAAAUAAAAUAGAUCUUGUGAAAGAAAGUCAGGCAAAAGAACAGUAUGAACAGAUAUUAGCAUUUGUUAAAGGUACGAUAGCAGAAGGUGCUCCGGUAAUUCCAAUAUCAGCUCAGUUGAAAUAUAAUAUAGAUGUAGUUUGUGAAUAUGUGACAAAGAAAAUUCCGGUGCCAGUACGAGACUUCACAUCAGAACCUCGACUUAUUGUUAUUAGAUCAUUUGAUGUGAACAAGCCUGGGUGCGAGGUAGAUGAGCUGAAGGGAGGUGUGGCUGGUGGUAGUAUUCUUAAAGGUGUUCUUAAGGUUGGUCAGGAGAUAGAGGUACGACCUGGAAUGGUAUCGAAAGAUCAGGAAGGCAAAUUGACGUGUAAACCAAUCAAAUCUAGAAUUGUAUCUUUAUUUGCUGAGCAGAACGAUCUUCAGUAUGCGGUACCAGGAGGCCUUAUAGGUGUGGGUACUAAGAUAGACCCGACACUGUGCAGAGCAGACAGAAUGGUUGGCCAGGUGCUUGGUGCUGUAGGUGCUCUCCCCGAUAUCUACACAGAAUUGACAAUAUCAUUCUUCUUGUUGAGACGAUUGCUCGGAGUGAAAACAGAGGGAGACAAACGGGGUGCAAAGGUUCAAAAAUUAACUAAGAACGAGAUUUUGAUGGUAAACAUUGGUUCUCUCUCAACUGGUGGUCGUGUCCUUGCUGUAAAAGCUGAUUUAGCCAAGAUAGGUCUUACCAAUGCUGUGUGUACAGAAAUAGGUGAAAAAAUUGCUCUCAGCCGACGUGUAGAGAAACACUGGAGAUUGAUUGGCUGGGGACAGAUCAGACAAGGUGUGAAAGUGACUCCUAUAGAUUAAAUACCUCCUGGUCAUCAGAACUUUAUUUAUGGCAAAAGAUGUUAAAUUUAUUCAGAAUAGAAAGAGCUUGAAAAUGCAACAUAUGAAAAUAAACCUGACAAAAAGACCUCUGCAAGCUUUAAGGAGUCUGCUUAUAAUUGUCAGUUAAAUAAGUUAUCCCGGCUUUGUGCCGAGGUGGCAUAACCUAAUCCUUUGCCAUGUGAAAACGUGAACAUGUGCACAGUUCAACUUUUAAAGUAGGUGUAACAAGUGCUAAAUAAAUGUCUGUAUAAAAUGGUUUCAAAAUUAGACACCUGAGGCUCUUGAUGAAAUAUUUAAUGAAAAUUGUAUUAAUUCAUAAACUGUCAGAGAAAAAAAACAUGGAUGUCAAUAUGUAUUAAUAGAUUGACUUGUGAAGAAGCGUACCUAAAAAUGCAUUAACAUUGAUAGAAAACGAGAGUGCAUGAGACUAUAUGUGAAUUGUAUGAAACUUUCCAUCUGGACUACUGUGGCAGUUACUAAAUCUUUGAAUGCAGCCAGACAGUUGUUACCUUGUAAAUGUGGAAAAAGUAUGAAAUUUUUGUAAUGCCGCUUAAUUUAUUCAGACCAUGCCGCAACUGUUUUUGUUGAUCUUAUUAACUCCUGCUUGAAAAAAGUACAUGUUUUGGGCAUUACAAAUGUAUACAUAGAAAUUUUGUAAUGAAAAUAUGUGAGUAAUA